CUCAGUCCCCUGACUCCUUGGAGAUCAGCCUGUACGCUUCAGGACAGCAAAACGACACCAAAACAUGAGGACAGCACUGCUCUUCCUCUGCCUUUUGGGAAUCGCUUGUGCCUUCUCGGUAAAAAACUUCCGAAGAAGAUUUAAAGCAGAGGAUUCAGAAGAAAAUGCAGUAUUCAAGAACAGAUUUAGGUAUUUCCUUUACAGAUAUCCCUAUCACUACCCACCUAUGAAAAGAUAUCAGUUUAACAGUGACUCAUCAGAAGAAGGCUACGGUGGUGAGAGUUCAGAGGAGGGGGAGGAAGAAGAAGGGGGUCAGUCCAAUGAAGAAAACGAAGGUGGCACUGAGAAUGAAACUGAAGCAGCUGCUACAGAGGCGCCCCCUGGAAAAGGGACUGUUAUUAAAGGACAUGCCAAACCUCCUAAGCAGGUGCCAGCGAGAAAAGAUCCUGUCGUGAUACCAGGGAAAGGAGGUGGCAUUAAAAAGGGUGAAAAAGACAAAGCGCCUGAACAAGGAGGGAAGAAGGAAGGCUCUGAAAAUGAGGAAGACAGUGAUGAAAAUGAAGAAGAAGAAAACGAAGAAGAAGAGAACGAGGAAGAGGAAAAAGCGGAAGAGAAUGAACAAAGUGUCAAUGGUACUUCUACCAACAGCACUGCAGAAGAGAAUGGAAACGGAGGCAAUGGAGAGGAGGAAGAGGAAGGUAAUGAAGAGGAAGCAAAGGAAGCAACCACCGUGAUUCCUACCACUGUGGCCACUACUGUUAUCUCCACGACAGAUUAUCAGGAGCAGUAUGAAACUACCACUGAAGAUCAGGGGCAAUAUGUGACCCCGGAAGAUCCGUGGCAGUAUGACACCACCACUGAAGACCCAUAUGCUUAUGACACCACCACCGCUGGUUCCGAAAAUGGCUAUGAGACACAAACAGAUUACUACGGGAACGAGCAUGGGGAGCCCCGUGGGGACACGUUCAGAACAUACGAAGACGAGUACAGCUACUAUAAAGGGCAUGGAUACGAUGUUUAUGGCCAAGACUACUAUUACAACCAGUGAAGCGACAAAGCCAUUGGCUUGGCAUGAUUAGUGAUCAUGGCUUAUAUCUUCAGCACUCUACCCAGCAAAGUCUGAAGCCUUCCGCCUGCCUAAGGAGCGUUCCACCAACGGAAGUGGCUCUUCCACCCGUUAGCGGAAGGCUCCUUAGUCUGUCGGAAGGCUUCAGGCUUUGCCAAGCAGAGUGGGAGGAUACAAGACCCCUGUUUCUCAUGACAGUUGUUCGGAAAUGUCUACUCAGGAAGGAGCAUUGCAAUAUCACGCGAUGCCUGUUAGAAAGAUAGGAGAUGAAUACGCUGCAUUAUUGCUCAGUAUGAAAGUGUGUUCUUUUGUCUGUUGUUUAAGUGUGCACUUUCGACCAGUAUUCACGUAUUCGUUGUGAACUUUUUCUAGGAUGUGUAGAAUUUUUUUUUAAAAUCAUUGUGUGAAGGAUUAUUGUGGGUUAAAUGGAAGUAUUAUCAAACUGAAGGUUGUUGUAUUUUGUAUAUGC